AUGAGUGUCCUGGUCCAACCGGGCAUGCGCCAGCCCAUGGCCCUAGAGCUGCGGAGCGGGCGCCCAGUGAGUCACCGGUGCAGCAACGCAGAGCUGGGCUCCCCACAGGCGCCUGAAGCAGAGUACUGGCUGCAGGGUGUGCGGAAUGCUACGCAGCAGGCCCUAGGGCACCGCCUGAAGCUGGACGCCCUGCGCCUGCGGCUCUCUGCAGCAGGCUGUGCAAACCUAGAUGUUGUGGACUUGCCAGAGAAGUGCAGCGUGCUCGCAGACGUGCCCCUGAAGAUUGAGGAGAUGCGAAUGCGGCACCUGGGCUCCAGCUCGAACCUUUUGGUAUGCCUGGAGAGAGGACCUCCGCUGGAGCUGUGCAGGAGGUUCGACCCGCAGCUGCGACGCACGGUCCUUGUGGGGGCCGCCUCUUCCAACGUGAGCUUGGGAGGCGACGAUUCAGUGCCUGCCUCCAUUCUGUGCGGCACAGAUGCUGCCCUGUGCCUGGAGGAGCGCUUCGCGGAGCUCUGCAAAGAGCGGGCCAGCCAGUGGCUGACGAGCCGCUGGCCUCAGCGAUGGGAGAGUGCUCUGGAAAUGCUGAGCAAGGCAAGAUCUGCUGGCUUCUCCUUCGGCCGGGCCUUGCAGGAAGUCAUCCAAGGCACUCCUGGUUGCAAUGCCGGCGCGCUGACGCUGGAGGAGGAGCUGCUGGACUUCGCCUCCUCGGCCGCGAAGGGCCACGGAGGCGCCGGGGACUUCCUGCUGGGCCAGGAUGUCGCCUCGGCUGCGGCAGAGGCCUUUGAAUGCUUCGGGGGCGUGGAAGGCUACAGCGCCUACCUGCGCAACGAGGUCCAGAUCCCCGGCGCCGACGUGGCGCUCAACGGGGGCGCCGCCUGGCGCCGCCUGCUGGCGGAGAUCGAGGUGGCCAUGCGCUUGGCACGCCCCCCUGAGGAGUCCAUCAAGAACAUCUCCUUGGCCGCGAUUUGUGCGGGAGGCACUGGUGUCCAUGGGCAUCAGCGCUGGGAGGACGUCGCCUCCAAGCUGAUGCUCACCAUCGCCUUUGAGCCCUUGAUGCGGCGCCUACGCUAUGUCGCCGCCCGGGUGAUUUGGUUGCUGCGGCACCAGAAGCUGGCGGUGGCCCAGUGGAUGUCCUUCUUGGCCGAGGGCCCCGGUGCCAGGAUCUACUCGCCGCUGUUUACGCAGCACUUGGCUGUGAUGCGCUCCUCCCCGGUGGUGCGAGACCUGGUCUUUAGCGCCUAUGAUGAUGCUGUCUCCGCAGUAGGCGAACAGCUGAUGAAGAAUCUCACUGGCACACUCACGGCGGCAUGCGUCAACCCGGAGAUCAUGCUGAGGCCGCGCACGGAACCUGAGCUGGACUUGAGCAGCCUGAUCAAGAAGCCGGAGGCCCAGGAGUUGACAGCGCCGGAGCCGGCGGAGCCGGCAGCCAAGCGCGGCGCGCUGUCCCGAAGCGAGGCCAAGGGCCGCGUGCUGGUGGAGAUGCGGCGCCGCAGCGGGCCUUCUGGGGGGCUGCCGCCCAAGCUGCAGGACCGGGUCUUCGACCCCAAAGACGUGAAGUCCGCGGCACCCUUGGUGGCCCUGAAGCUGCAGCGGGCCUUCAACGUGCUGGCAGGCAUCUUGGCAACCCAAGCCUAUGCCUUUGCCGAUGCCUCCUUGGCCACCUUGUGCCGGAGACAGGUCGACGAGGCUAUGAAUGGUAUCGACUUCAACGCAGAGCAGCGGCGAGUGUUAGAGGACAGGCACACAGAGCUCCAGGAGGUUGCCUCACAGGUGGAGGGCCGCUUGGCGGCGGUGCAACGCUGCCUUACCGCGCUGAGGGCUGCGCGGUGA